UAGUUAGUAUUAGUAUUUGUCAAAUUUGCACAUCAUAUGAUUCAUAUCGUACUACUCAAAUUGAAAAAAGAAUAACAAAUUAUUACACUCUUCUCUCUUCUACCAAUUUUUCCGCCGCCUCGUACCGGCGGUUAACGUUUAUCGCCGAUUCUCCAUCUCACCGUGGUGAACACUCACUACACAACAACUCAACUCAACUCAACUACUACCUUCCUUCACCAAUGCCGCCACUUUCUCCAACACCGACACCGCCAAAAAAGAAGCGAAGCCUCGCUGGAAUGCCAGAUCCAAAUGCUGAAGUAAUCGCUUUAUCACCAAAAACUCUGUUAACGACGAACCGUUUCAUAUGUGAGAUCUGCAACAAAGGAUUUCAACGGGAACAGAAUCUUCAACUUCACCGGCGAGGACAUAACAUGCCGUGGAAGCUUCGGCAGCGAGCGAGUGAAGAAAUCCGCAAGAAAGUGUACGUAUGUCCUGAACCUUCUUGUGUACACCACAAUCCGUCAAGAGCGUUAGGUGAUCUGACCGGCGUGAAAAAGCACUUUAGUAGAAAGCACGGUGAGAAAAAGUGGAAAUGUGAACGUUGUUCUAAAAAUUACGCUGUCAAAUCUGAUUGUAAAGCACAUAUGAAGAGUUGUGGAAAUAGAGAGUAUAAAUGUGAUUGUGGCUCCUUCUUCUCUAGGAGAGAUAGUUUUGUUACGCACAAAGCGUUCUGUGAAGUGUUAGCGGAAAAGAGUGCGAAAGAAGGUAGCAAUGUUGUGGGUUCAUCUGCACCUCCAACGCCUCCGCUUACUCCAUCAACAAUAUCUGUGGCGUCUCCUCCUACUUUGUCCUCUGUUCACAACUCAGAUAUUGCAGAAAACCCAACAAAGCUGUCACCUCCAUCUUCAAAUGCUUCCACUUCUACCAGUUGUUGUUCCUCAUUCAGCAGCCUCAUGACAAGCUUGGCUCACUCGGAUUGCCCCACCACAUCUUUCUCUGUCACAGAACCGACAACCCUCUCACUUUUCACACCACUCUAUCUCUCCAAUAACAACAACAACAACAAUGAUCAGUACCCUCUUCCCCACUACAGUCCUGCAUUAUCUGCCACUGCAUUACUCCAAAAAGCUGCUCAAAUGGGUUCACGUUCAUCCAAUUCAUCCUUGCUUCAUGCUUUAGGCUUGAAAGAAAACAGUGUCAGUAUUAGCAGCACCACUUCAGAUAAAUGGAAUGUCCAUGGUAAUGUAAAACAAGAAAAUGAGCUUGUGACAGAUUACCUUGGGCUUGGACUACUACCCUGUGGGAAUGAGAUUAUGGGCUCAUCGGACCAGCCCAUGACCCGUGAUCUUCUUGGUCUAAGCAUGGGAUUGGGUAGAGAUGAUGAUCUUUCUGCUUUGCUCACAUCUUUUGGAGGGAACUUCGAUUCAUCCGCAUAAACAAGAACUUUUAAAUGUUAACUUUCUGGUUUUUAGAAAAUGAACUUUGGCAAUUCAGAGUUCAGUCAUUCCUCCCAAAAAUCGACUCGAGUGCAUAGACAAGAGCUUAAAGUUGGGAACAACUAGUUGUGUCGGCACUAGCCCACCCCAAGAGCUUUUGUUUUUGUUUUGCUGGUAAAUCAGCAUACUCGCUUUCUCUAUAUGUUUGGCAUCACUAUUUGAGCUCUCUAGUCAUAUAAAUGAUGAUUCAUUGUAAAAACAACUACUAAUUUUAGAAUAUUUAUUUAUAAUGUGUAUA